AUGCUUUCUCUCAACAUGGCCACAUCGUGGACCAAUUCGUCGUUAUCUUGCGGGGGGCGAAGAAGAGAGCCUAGUCGAAGGGAGAGCGAUGUCGUGAGGUUGCCCGCGUCGCCCCAUGAGAAAUUCUAUGUAUUUACACAGCUCCAGAUGUGUUUCAUACAGGAAUAG